UAGAAAGUGCAACAAAGCGGGACUGAUCGUGCACAGCCGAGACGUUUGUGAAUAAUGCGAUAAAUUUAACUAGUUCAGGUUUAAAUUGUCCAUUUGCUAACAUAGCCAAAACAUCGUGUGGUGAUCGUAAUAUGAGUGUGGUCAUCUUAAAUUGACUGAUGCCUCGGUGUUUACGCACCAUUCCACAGAUGUUACGUGCUGCAGGAAGACCGGCUCUUCUGAUACCGUUAUACGCUUCCACUUCCGGAUUGUUGCUCGUAAUGAACGAAUCGCCCCGUGUUUUUGCACCCAAAUGAGUGUUUUAAUCGAUACCUGCAUCGGGGAAAGACGACCUCUGUGUACGCUUUGGAUUGAAUCGCUACAAUUUUUUCUACACGCGCGCAACUGUUGGGCUUCACGCUUUUAAAUGAAACUUGUAAGAUUUAUGAACAAUCGUGCACCAUCUAAUAAGAGAUACCAACCAACAGAAUAUGAACAUGCUGCUAACUGUGCCACACAUGCGCUCUGGAUCAUUCCCAGCCUUGUGGGCGGAGUCUUGUUGUACUUCCUGUCUGACGACCACUGGGAGGAGAUUUCAGCGUGGCUCUAUGGGGCGGGGCUGUCAAGCCUUUUCAUCAUAUCCACCGUGUUCCAUACGGUCUCCUGGAAGAAAAGUAAUCUUCGGUCAGUUGAACACUGUUUCCACAUGUGCGACAGGAUGGUGAUCUACUUCUUCAUCGCUGCUUCAUACACACCUUGGCUGACACUGCGGGAGCUCGGCCCGUGGGCUGCCCACAUGCGUUGGGUUGUCUGGCUGAUGGCCUCUGGAGGAACUGCUUAUGUAUUUUUCUUUCAUGAGAGGUUCAAAGUUGUAGAGCUGAUCUGUUAUGUGGCAAUGGGAGUUUUUCCUGCCCUUGUCAUUCUUUCUAUGGCCGACAGGUCUGGUCUAUAUGAGCUGCUGAUUGGUGGAGGGUUUUAUUUGCUGGGCACCAUGUUCUUUAAAAGCGAUGGAAUAGUUCCCUUUGCUCACGCUAUAUGGCACCUCUUUGUCGUAAUGGGGGCGAGCGUCCAUUACUAUGCCAUCUGGAAGUACCUGUACACACCUGUCAAUCAACCAACCAGUACGGCCCGGUGACACAAAUGCACACACCCACCCACCACAAAAUCAUUUAUUUGCCAGUUGAAUGUAUAACAGGAGAAACAGUAUUAUUUCUUGAAAAUAACUUUUUGACUGAUGUAAUUCUUGUCACUUAUUAUUAGGUCUAUAACUAGCACACACCACUAGCCAACUAGCCUUUGUGAGACUACAGACAGCAGGGGUCAUUUUGGACCUGACGCCAUUUGCAAUCCAGAGUGAUAAAGGAUCCAGAAAAUCCAGCAAGAGUCUACUGAAAAAUUCAAAGUUUACACGAUUUUUAGAGGUAAAAUCACUGCCACAUAUUUGUGAAAGCACUCAUCCUGGACAGCAGUUACUUGACUACAGUUUAAAAAGGGAUUUCUGUAGUAUUUUUAAACCUGUGACUUAUAUUAUAUACCUUCUGCCACUGCCAAUAGGGAAUUAUUCUUAUUUCGUCCACAACAGAAAUAGGAAUGCAUUUUGUAUAACUGUACACUUUAGAACGUAACCAGGCGAGCUAUUGUAGAGUUAUAGUGUUAAAAGUAUAUACUAUACAACGCUUUGUUUCAUUUUAGAUGUGUUAUGUCUUUAAGAUAUGCCACAAGUGCUGAUAAUGUCCAGGGAAGUUUUUGCCUAGUGACAUUAUCUGAUUUAAUAGCGUGAAAGGUUCAGUGUUUUCAACCCAUACCAUUACAAGAUGGUUAUGUGUUGGUAAACUUUUCAAAAGGCUCCUUUGUAAUUAAUUCAGUAUUAAUUGCCGAUUGUCUUUUUAAUCUUACAACUACUGGAGCUAUUGUGUUAUUUAUAAUUAUAUGGGAUUGCUUUAGAGUGGUAUGGUUUAAAAAACAGAUCCACUGGAAAUUGUCAGCUUUUGCCUUCAUCAUGUAAUGUUUUGUGAGAGAAUAUACUGAUGUUCUGACUGUAUUUAUGUCUCCUCAUGUCAGCUUAUAUUAUGGUUAAAGGGAUAGUUUACACAAAUGGAUUUACAGAACUGAUAGAAAUCACCAUUUACUGGCUAUUUUUCAAAAACACAAAAAAAUAAUUAUUAAAAAAAGAUUAGAACAAAAAUGAUCCACAAAAGAAGUUUGGAAUUACAAUAGGUACAAUCAAUGAUGACAACUCAUUUUUAGUGAACUAUCCCUUGAAGUGUGAGACAUGAACACUUUUAUUCUGCUCCAUUUAUGUAAUCCUGUGAUAAAAUUGGGUUUUAGUGUUAACUCAGAUUUGCCAUGAGUUUACCACUGGUCAACACUAAAAUCUGUCUAUUAACCAUCUGUUUUAUUGGACUGGUCAGCCAAAGCUUCAGGUCUCAGGGUUAUCUCACUGGCCGGUGCAAUCAUAUUUCUGAUACAUUCCAUGUUUGUCCUGCUCUCUCAGGCCAUACACGUUUUAAUAACCGUUUAACUUUUAAAGUGCGCUUGAAAAUUGUAGAUGACAAAUAUUUGAUCUAAAUCGAAACAAGAUUUGUAAUCAGGGCAACACAGAUUCUCUAUGGAGACACAUACAAACAACAAUUCAAUAUCUGCAGUUUAUACAUUAGUUUCUAUAACGAUUAAAAAAGUAUUUAAAUUUGUAUGGUCUUUAACCACGGAAAACUCGUAAUACUGGAUGUAAUGUAACAGCUUUUUCUUAAUGUGUAUUUAUUAUUGUUUUACAUCAGAAAUAAAGUAACGUUUAAGUAUUAUGUAUAGAGAAUGUGAGAAUAGUGGUUCAUUUGUCAGGAAAUGUAUUUGUAAACACGGUUACAUUUGUUUUCUGUCACGACUUUUAGACCGAUUAACCAUUUCAGUAUUUUAAGAUGCAUUAGUGACUUUUUCUAAAGGCUUUAUGAAGAUUAAAAUACCAAGGUCGAAUUCUAAAACACAGCUGUAUAUAGUCCAUAUGGGUACACGGGUGUAUUAGUCAUAAUCAUGAUAUAUAUAGCCAGGUUAAAUAUAGAACAAAUGUUUUUCAUUGUUUAUUUGAUUAUACCCUUACAAUUGUUAAUGUUAUCCAUGUAAGUGGGAUAGACAAUGAACAGGGUGUCAGAUAAAAAAAUAACUUAUGGUAAAAGGCACAUUGGACCAAAACUUUUUGUGUUUUAUUGCUGUUUAGAUUUCAGGCUGCUUUUAACCUACAUUAUUAGGUGUUAUAUCGUUCAAGUUAAAAAAAACAUAUAAUGUAGAGUUCUGUUUUAAAUAUUUCAAUUUGUACAUUUUGUUUGAACCCAAGCAUAAAACCGGUGUUUUUUCACAUAAUUUAUCAAAUAUGUUUAUGAUCUUUGAUAUGAUGGUGCAUUAUUGCAUUGAGUAUUGUGGCUUCCUUGUUUUAUUUAUUUAUUUAUAUGUUUGUUGUUUGUGAUACAGCUUUUUGUCUCUUUAAAUAAUAAUGUGGUCUGGUCUGUAAUGAAAAUUAUGUUUACUUGGGUCUGUCUUAAAUCGAGUUACGGCAACAUAAAGGAGCUGUUGCUUCAGAAAGUUUACAUUUGCAGUCCAUGAUACAGCUUUUACUGCCACUAAGCCUAAUGUAGUGCUGUUUCUAUUUACCUUGAAUUGAGUAAAACUACACAAUACAAUAUAUUGAAUAUACUGACAGUUGAAUAAGGAGUUAUGUCAGCUUUACAUUGGCCUUCAAAUGAAUGUAAAAGAGUGACCCGCAGCAGUGAUUGGCUGUGUUUCAUCCAUCAGAAAAUGAAUUGCAUUUCUUAGAAAACCAUGUUUUAGGAGAAAGUAAUACUAUUUCUAUCCUACUUGGUCUGUAAUUUAAAACUAGUUUUGAUUCUUCAAAUUGAUUCUUUACAUACUUCAUGUUUGCACCAAUGUUUGGUUUCAUAGUAUUAUAUGAUAAUACUGUCCAAAGCUAAUUCAUAAUACUGUACAUUAGAAUUGAAAGGCUUCGACUCCACAAGUACUGAGUACAGUAAAAGUUUUUAAAACUGGAUUUGUUAAUAAAACUAAAUCCACUUGAAAUGUUAACCCUGACCUCACUGUAAAUAUUAUUGUGCCUUUUCUUGUCUGGUUGUUACAGAACAGUUCAAGGUUUUAUGUUUUUAGCUGUUCUACUGAUUCACUCAGCUUAAAGAAAUGUGUCCUUUGUACCUUUCACAUAAAGGCAUUUGUGAUUGUGAUUUUGCUGCAAUGUUUGUAUUACCCCAGGUUUUGUAUCUGUUUUCAAUAACAUAUUCUCCAUAUCAAUGCUUUUAAAAAAACGUCCUCCCUGCUGAAUCAUUAUUUGAGUCCUGCAUUCUAUACAUUUUAAUGUCUGUGGGUUGAUCAAUAAAUGUGAAGUAUAAAAAAGUUAUUGCGCUCUUGCAAAUCUUUAUCCCAAUCUUUAUGAUA